AUGAUGUGUUUCCGACAAGUCACCCUUUCCCUGAUUCUGCUGCUACUGGGCCAGGCCACACCAAGCAGGCUGCAGUCACUGGGUGCCACAAAGCUACGGCUGGUGGGCCCAGGGAGCAGGCCAGAGGAGGGCCGGCUGGAGGUGCUACACAAUGGCCAGUGGGGCACUGUGUGUGAUGACAACUUUGCUCUCCAAGAGGCCACGGUGGCCUGCCGCCAGCUGGGCUUUGAAUCUGCUUUGACCUGGGCCCACAGUGCCAAAUAUGGUCAAGGAGAAGGUCCCAUCUGGCUGGAUAAUGUGCGCUGUGUAGGCACUGAGAGCUCCCUGGAUCAAUGCAGCUCUAAUGGCUGGGGCAUCAGCGAUUGCAGCCACUCAGAGGACAUCGGCGUGGUGUGCCACCCCCAGCGCCAGCGCGGCUAUGUUUCCGAGAGGGUCUCCAAUGCCCUCGGGCCCCAGGGUCGGCGGCUGGAGGAAGUGAGACUCAAGCCCAUCCUGGCCAGUGCCAAGCGGCGGAACCCAGUGACCGAGGGGGCUGUGGAGGUCAAGUAUGAAGGACAGUGGCGGCAAGUGUGUGACCAGGGCUGGACCAUGAACAACAGCAGGGUGGUGUGCGGGAUGUUGGGCUUCCCCAGCCAACAGCCCAUCAACAGCCACUACUACAGGAAGGUCUGGAAUUUAAAGAUGAAGGAUCCCAAGUCUAGGCUGAAUAGUCUGACUAAGAAGAAUUCCUUCUGGGUCCACCGUGUCACUUGUCUGGGGACAGAGCCUCACAUGGCCAGCUGCCAGGUGCAAGUGUCUCCAGCCCGGGGCAAGUUGCGGCCAGCCUGCCCCGGAGGCAUGCAUGCUGUGGUCAGCUGUGUGCCAGGGCCUCGCUUCCGCCCACAAAAGGCAAAGCCCCCACGGCGCAAGGAUUCCUGGGCACAGCAGGAGCCAAAGGUGCGCCUCCGCUCUGGGGCCCAGGUGGGCGAAGGCCGGAUAGAAGUACUCAUGCACCAUCAGUGGGGCACUGUCUGCGAUCACAGGUGGGACCUCAUCUCUGCCAGUGUCGUGUGCCGGCAGCUCGGCUUUGGCUCUGCUCGGGAAGCCCUCUUUGGGGCCCAGCUGGGCCAAGGACUGGGACCCAUCCACCUGAGUGAGGUGCGCUGCAGGGGUUAUGAGAGGACCCUCAGUGACUGCCGUGCCCUGGAAGGGUCCCAGAAUGGCUGUCAACAUGAGAAUGAUGCUGCUGUCAGAUGCAAUGUCCCCAGUAUGGGUUUCCAGAACCAGGUGCGUUUAGCCGGUGGCCGCAGACCCGAGGAGGGAGUGGUGGAGGUGCAGGUGGAGGUGAACGGGAUCCGGCGCUGGGGGGCCGUGUGCAGUGACCACUGGGGCCUCACCGAAGCCAUGGUGGCCUGCCGGCAACUUGGUCUGGGUUUUGCCAGCCACGCCAUCAAGGACACCUGGUACUGGCAGGGGACGCCAGGGGCUGGUGAGGUGGUGCUGAGUGGGGUGCGCUGCUCGGGGACGGAGCUGGCCCUGCAGCAGUGUCAGCGGCACGGACCUGUGCACUGUUCCCACGGCGCAGGGCGCUUCUCGGCGGGAGUCUCCUGCACAGACAGUGCUCCAGACCUGGUGAUGAACGCCCAGCUCGUGCAGGAGACGGCCUACCUGGAGGACCGGCCGCUCAGCCAGCUGUACUGCGCCCACGAGGAGAACUGCCUCUCCAAGUCCGCUGACCUCAUGGACUGGCCCUACGGAUACCGGCGCCUGCUGCGCUUCUCCUCACAGAUCUACAACCUGGGCCGGGCCGACUUCCGCCCCAAGACAGGGCGUCACAGCUGGAUUUGGCACCAGUGUCACAUGCACUACCACAGCAUUGAGGUCUUCACCCACUAUGACCUACUCACUGUCAAUGGCUCCAAGGUGGCAGAGGGGCACAAAGCCAGCUUCUGUCUAGAGGACACAAAUUGCCCUACCGGACUGCAGCGGCGCUAUGCGUGUGCCAACUUUGGGGAGCAGGGAGUGACGGUAGGCUGCUGGGACACCUACAGGCAUGACAUCGACUGCCAAUGGGUAGAUAUCACAGAUGUGGGCCCUGGAGACUAUAUCUUCCAGGUGGUUGUAAACCCCAAAUUUGAGGUGGCAGAGUCAGAUUUCUCCAACAACAUGAUGCAGUGCCGCUGCAAGUAUGAUGGGCACCGGGUCUGGCUGCACAACUGCCACACAGGGGAUUCAUACCGAGCCAAUGCGGAGCUCUCCCUGGAGCAGGAGCAGCGUCUUCGGAACAACCUCAUCUGA